AUGGAAAUUUUUGCUGAGAGAGCGGCGCACUUGGCGGGCCGACGUUCGGCGUUGCGUCGUCACAGGAAACGUUUCGGCUACGGCGACCUGGUGGCAUAUGGCGCCCGGAAGACGGCUUUGCCCUUCUUCGGUUCGGCUUACUAUGCGGCGGUGUUAGCUGCCGAGAAAAAUCGGGUUGUGGUUUACGGCGGAAUGGAUCUUUUAGACCACCCGGAUCCGGUAGAUGGAUGUGAUCCGAUUGCUAUAGGAACUAGAGACAUGCCCAAUGGAACUCUGCUCAAUGGAACUCUGCUCAAUGGAACUCUGCCCAACGGAGUUCUGCCCAAUGGAGCUCUGCACGAUGGAGAUCUACCCGAUAGAGCAGGACUGGGUGCUAGGGAGGGUGCUACUGCCAGGGGAGACUCGACACUCAUUGACUCGGGGCGUAGAGACAGUCUGGUGGAGCGAGUCCAGGCGUUGCGACGGAACAGCAUGCGUUCGGAGACCAGCAGACAGCAGCGAGACCAGAACUUGUGGCGAGAUGAGGGGAGACGUCAAAGCCUUUACCCGCAGCUCUCACGAAGGGAUAGCAACUGCUUCAGAAAAACUAGGGAUUCAUGCCGAUUCGAUUCUCGUUUCGAUUCUCGUUUCGAUUCUCGUUUCGAUUCUCGUUUCGAUUCUCGUUUCAAUUCUCGUUUCGAUUCUCGUUUCGAUUCUCGUUUCGAAUCCCGCCAGGGAUCUGGUGUGGGAUCUGGUCCCAGUCCUGGGUCAGGUAGUUCGGUUAAGGUGCGAGUGGGUGUGAGGUCAUUGGGUGAAGAGAGUGACGCCAGUUCGGCCACGACCUUCCCCGCGCGGGGCCAGUUUCUAAGUAGUGGCGUUAACCAACGCAGUGGCUCUGUGGCCUCGUGCCAGAGUGGCGAGGAGAAGCGCGAGGUCAUCGACCCCACGAAGGCAAGCGCUGGCGUUUAUGAACUCGCGGUGGAGGUCGACACGGGCGUGGUCCGGACCCUCGGCCGGGCCACUGCGGCCCUGGGGCUCGUGGGGCACUCCAUGGUGUGCUGGCGCGGCUCGGUCCUCUGCAUUUACGGAGGCGUCCACCAAGACAUUCGGGGACUGUUCAGUAAGCUGCGCUCGGGGGAGGGGGAGAUGGUUGUCCUGUAG